GAGCUGGGCUGUGAAGAAUAAACGAGAGAGAGAGGAGAAUAGAGUAGAGCUGUGUUACACAGCUUGCCUUGGCUGUAUCGAUUUGGAUGCCAGAGACUGCGAUAGAGAGAGAGAAGUGUAGCCACUUUUUCAGAUGGUCUCUCUCACCUGACACACAAACAUACUGCGGGAACAGGAGAAAGAACUGGACAGUGUCUAUCUGUGAAAGAGUGAAAUAAACAAGAGAAGAACUGCAGAAGCCAACUCUGAUUGGAAGAACAGUGUUUGAUGUAAGCGAUGAUGUGAGCGAUGAAGAAGACAGACACGGACCCUCGUGUUUCGACCGGUGGGACCUGGAGUGCGGAAAGCAAAUUCUGCAGGAUAUAUUGCUGUUUUUAACCCUCGACUGCUUCUGAACGGAUUUGAUGUGGUUUAUGAAGUACAGAAGAAGACAGAAACUGUGUUUUGGAUGCUGAAUUAUGUGAUUAAUUUAUGUGUUAUGAAUUAGUGAUGUGUUUUAAUUGGUCUUGCGGAUCAAAGCUGCUUUUGGAUUCAUUUUGAAAACAAAAUGAAAGGAAGAAACUUGAAAUUAAUGUAAAGGACAAGAGACUGAAGGGAGGAGACAGUUUGUUAUAAAAUGAAUGGAAGAAUUUGUUACGCUCAGUAUGGUGGCUGUAGAAAUGGAAAUCCCACCUUUCAUUUAGAGGAAUCAAUCAUCUUUUUGAUGAAGCAUCAGUUGUUACUUACUUUUCAAUAUGCAUUUGUUGGACCAGCCUGAAAAAUACAGUUUUUAGUGUAAUUUCAGCUAAAGAUUUUAGUUUGUUAAAUUAUAUUUUUUCUUUUUUCUUUUUUCUUUUUUUUUUCUCACAAUUCAGCUUUUUUUCUGUAUUCAAAUUGAUAGGAGGAUUAAUAACAAUAACCGGAGAUACCAAGAUGACCACGAAGUGAACCAGAGUUGAUACUGAGUCAUACUUGAGACUAUUUUGUAGUUAAAUUCAAUCUAGUAAUGCUAUUUUCAGUCAUUUUUGUGUGUGGGUGGCGAGAAUGAAGCUCGUUGUGCUUUGCCCUACACUGACCCCGCCCCCAACCACACCUAUCUGCGCCUUGACCCCGCCCUCUUCUGAUCAUGCAAGUGCUGCAGAUUGUUAAGGAGCUGGUGUCGCCCUCUCGCCGUCGCGCCAGUGGUCGUUUUGCAGCGUCUAAUUCAGAGCAGGAUGCCGCGGUGAAGUUGGAACAGGAGCGAGCUGAGAUACUCGCCAAAUAUGACAAGGGUAAAGAAAGUGCAGAGGUGGAGCCGUGGGAGGAGGCCAAUUUUGAUCUGUAUAAAGCGGUGGACCGCUUCGGAUUCCUGCAUGAGGAUGAGCUUCCAAUGUAUGACAUAGUGGAGGAAAAGCAAAAACAUCUGGAAGUGGAGAGAACGACAAAAUGGCUGAAAAUGUUGAAAAGCUGGGAGAAAUACAAGAACAGUGACAAGUUGGUGAGGAGAAUCUAUAAGGGAAUUCCACUGCAGCUCAGAGGUCAGGUUUGGUGUCUUCUGCUCGACGUCCCUAAAAUCAAAGAAGAGAAGAAGGACUUCUAUGAGAAACUGAAGAUCAGAGCAAGGGGUUUGUCUCCAGAUGUCCGUCAGAUUGAUCUGGAUGUGAAUCGUACAUAUAGAGAUCAUAUCAUGUUCAUGCACCGUUAUGAUGUCAAACAGCAGGAUCUGUUUCAUGUGCUUACAGCAUACUCCGUUUAUAACACGGAGGUGGGCUAUUGUCAGGGCAUGAGUCAGAUCACUGCUCUGUUACUCAUCUAUAUGAAUGAGGAAGAUGCUUUCUGGGCACUGGUUAAGCUGCUGUCUGGACAGAGACAUGCCAUGCACGGUUUCUUUGUACCAGGGUUCCCUAAACUCAUGCGCUUCCAAGAGCAUCAUGACCGUAUACUGCAGAAGAUGAUGCCUAAGCUCAAACAACAUCUAGAUAACCAAGAGGUGUUCACCAGCCUGUACACUAUGAAAUGGUUCUUUCAGUGUUUCUUGGAUCGGACUCCGUUUACACUUACGCUGAGAAUAUGGGACAUUUAUAUUUUGGAAGGAGAGCGGGUUUUGACUGCGAUGUCCUACACCAUCCUGAAACUACAUAAAAAGACCCUCUUGAAGUUGUCCAUGGAGGAUCUGGUGAAGUUUCUGCAGGUGACUCUGUCAAAGGAUUUCUUUUUUGAGGACGACUUUGUGAUAGAGCAGCUUCAAAACUCCAUGUCUGAGCUCAGACGAUCUAAAUUGGAGCUGCCACCUCCAGGUACUUUAAACACACACACUGAAAUCAUGGCAAAUCAUAAAAUGUAUGGCUGUGUGUCACCACCCAUAGAGGGAAACAUCCUGUUGCACACACUGUCUCCUGGUAAUCUAUCUCUGACUCUUAUCUACUUUAUCUUUUCCUUUAUCUCUUGCACACACACACACACACACACACACACACGCACACACACGCACACACACACACACACACACACACUCAUCCACUGCUACUAUGUACUGUUUGUCUAAUCUGCAUUCUCUCCCUUUCGCUUCAAACAUAGCCUCUGCUUACACUAGUGGGUCUGGGAAAGGAGGGCGCCAACCCUCCUACAAAACCAACCGGUGGGCAAAAACGCACUGACUACUUUAUCUGUCAAUCAACCAACCAUUCGUUCGUCUACCCCUAUACACACACGUCCCUCUCCCCUCGUUUGUUUCUCUGUCUCACACAAAACCUGGGUUCUUCAACAAAACAUUUUUGGGGGGUUUCGUUUAAUCAAAACCUUUGUUACGGGAAUGUCACAAAAAUUUGUUGUGGCAUACUAUAUGCUAGAAACAUGUAAAAGGACAGUUAUAAGGAAUAUGGUUACCUUAAAUGUAUAAAAAACACAAGUUUUUAUUUAUUUAUUUUUAUGUCAUACACAGAGGGAAUUAUAUAUUUUAUUAUUAUUAUUAUUGUCCGAUGAAAGAUGAUUCUGCUCAGUAGAUGGAAAGUGUCCAAAAUUAACUUUUUGCCACACCAGCAAACAAAUUAAGAUAUGUAUAAAUGUAUAUAUAUGAGCUACCUACCUCAUCAUAGUUGCACUUCCAACACAAAGACUGUUUCAAAAGGUAGGCAACGGCGUCAUGCUGCCUUCUAAGAUACCAAAUUUUGGCUAAAUUCUAAGGCACGUGUCUUUCUUGGAAAAGUCCCAGAAUCCCAGAAUGCAUUGCAACAGAUAUUUGUAUUUCAUCAUUACCUUAGCAAUGUGCUGACAACAAACUAUUAGAAUCAAUUCUGAGUCAAGUCUCCCAGCUAACAGGGAACAUCUCCAACAUUCAGAAAUAAUGUUUUCAUAACUUAAUGGGAACAUUAGCAAAGAAGACACAAUUAUUCUUGAUUUAAAAAAUACAUGCUCUUUGGCCUGUAACCUGCAUUUGGUGCUUGGCAAAUCUUAAUUUUGGAACCAAAGUAUGAUAAACUAGCACCUUUGGAGGUGUUCACAGGUUUGUCUGUAUUUGACGUUUCCGUUCCUCACAGCCCCUUCUCAACGCACACCAAGAACCGCCCCAACCAUCAGUAUCUGUGUGUAAACGUUCAUCAUUCCCUUGACGUUUUCUUCAGUUUCCUUCACUGCGAACUUGAAUAUCGUGCACAUGCUGUGUGUUCCAAAACGUACCUAACACAUCCUUUCUCCACAUGGUUUUUAUGUUCACAGUCAGGCUUGAACUGUAAGUGUUGUGUUAAUAUUUUUAUUUGUAUUUUUUUAGCUUCUUGAAUCUUCAGUGUUCCCAAUCUGAGCUUUGAUUUGACACCAGCCAUGGAUGUUUGUGGUUUGUUUUUAUUUGAAUGAAGUGCUAACUGUAACUCUUGCUUUAUUUGGCAGUUUGGUUCUUCUAAAAAGACAUUCAGCUGCAUGACUGUUGCACUUCAGUGUGUGUUUAUAUUGUAUGGUUUAAAGACUCCAUGAAAUGCAAUUUGCUUUCCAGUGGACAUUUUUAUUCUACAGAGCAUUUUUUUGUUCAUAAAUUUGUAUAUGCCCCUGGGCGUAAGAGUCGUCGUCAAUAUUUUGAUCUGUUUUGAUUUCUUGGGGUCUUUAAUACCUGACAUUUCUGUGUUGAUGUUGGCUCUGAUUGGCUGAUCUGCUAUC